AUGUGCAUCGCGUUCUUUCAGCUAUCGACGUACACGGACCCAAGCGGCGGCCAGCACGUCAAGUUCAUUGCUGUGGACAACCGAGACGAGUUCUACACACGCGAAACGAGCCCCAUGCACUGGUGGAGUGAGCCGCACACCGGCAUCUUUGCCCCGAGAGAUCUCGAGCGCGGUGGAACCUGGCUUGGCUUGCGACGAUCUCAACCCGAUGGACCUGUGCGUGUCGCCUUCCUCACCAACAUUCGCGUUGCCGUUCCCCCAAAAGAGAAACAGAGUCGCGGCAACGUCGUGACCGAAUUUCUCCAGAGCGACUUGAGUGUGUCCGCCUUUGUCGCGCGGCUUCAACCGGUGGGUUGCAACUACGGCGGGUUCAAUCUCGUGCUCUUUGACGGCGUGUCCUUGGGCUACUAUUGCAACUUGAAUCCCAUGGGGCCUGUUCCUGAGUUCACGCUUCUGGAGCGGGACGUCCUGUACGGGCUCUCCAACAGCGUGUUGGAUGUUCCAUGGAUCAAAGUCGUGCGCGGCAAAACGGCACUCGCUGAAGUGCUGGCGAAACACGAAGACAACGACGAUGCAGCGUUAUGUCAAAAGUUGAUCGUCCCAAUGGUGGACACGACGAGGAUCGAAGUCCCAGACCUCCUGCCACAAACAGGAUGCCCACCCGCACUUGAGUAUCAGCUCUCGAGCAUAUUUGUCGAGCCUGUAGAUCACCCCAAGUACCCCAAGUAUGGCACCCGCACGACGAUCGCAAUGGUUGUCGAUGGAGCUCAUGCCACCAUCCUCGAGAAGGACCUGGACACCUCAACUCUGCAGUGGAACGAGCAUACGUAUUCCUUCUAA